GAAACUUUCUGUCUCAGCGUCCAUGAAUUUUCUUCAAAUGUCACUUCAAGGGCGUUAGCUAUAAGUGCUCCUCUCGGCAAACUGUCAGAAUCAAAGCUCGUCCCUUCGAAAAUGGCGAACAAGCUCAAAGUGGAUGAACUCCGAACUCAACUCGCUCAACGUGGUCUUGAUACUUCCGGAACUAAGCCUGUUCUGGUUCGUCGCCUGGAGUCCGCCAUUCUCGAAGAGGAAACGUUGUUGAAAGGUAAAGGUGUUGUUUCUAUUGAUGGUAAAAAGAGGGGGAGAGACUCGGAAGAUGGUGGAAAUUUGAAUGGAAGUGACUUAAUCAGAGAUGUUGAGAAGUUACGAGAAAUGAAAGUACAGGAACUGCGAGAUGAGGCGGUUCGUCGGGGCAUUGCUUCAACUGGUUCGAAGAAGGAGUUACUGAAGAGGAUUUGUGAAGAUUGUGAGAAUGAGAAAGAGGAAGAUGAAACUGAAGAAUGUAAGAAUGCAAAUGUUGGCGACGGUGAGAAGAUUGUUACAGCGACCAAAAAGGGUUCAGCAGUGCUGGAUCAGUGGCUUCCAGAUCAAAUCAAGACACAUUAUCAUGUUCUACAAGUGGGUGAUGAAAUCUAUGAUGCCAUGUUGAAUCAGACUAAUAUAGGAAACAACAAUAACAAGUUUUACGUGAUUCAAGCACUUGAAUCAGAUGGUGGUGAUACUUACAUGGUUUAUACAAGGUGGGGAAGAGUUGGUGUGAAGGGACAAGACGAUAUUCUAGGUCCUUACACAUCAAAAGAACGUGUAAUACGUGAGUUUGAACAAAAAUUCUUUGCUAAAACCAAGAAUAAUUGGUCUAAUAGAAAAGAGUUUAUUUGCCACCCGAAGAGUUAUACCUGGUUGGAGAUGGACUACAGUGAAAGUGAAAAAGAUCUAUCAAGCAAUACGGAACGUGCAUCUACAUCAGAGAUUCAACCUCGCGAAACUCAACUUGAUCCAUGCAUUGCAAAGUUUAUCUCUCUCGUUUGCAACUUUAGUAUGAUGAAGCAGCAUAUGAUGGAAAUAGGGUACAAUGCUGAAAAGUUGCCCCUUGGAAAGCUGAGCAAAUCUACAAUUUUAAAGGGUUAUGACGUCUUGAAAAGGAUUGCUGAUGUGAUUGGCCUGUCAAACAGGAGUCUACUUGAGCAACUAAGUGGGGAAUUUUACACUGUAAUUCCCCAUGACUUUGGAUUUAAGAAGAUGCGUGAAUUUGUAAUUGACACUCCUCAAAAAUUGAAAAAAAAGUUGGAAAUGGUUGAGGCGUUGGGUGAAAUUGAGCUAGCUGCAAAAUUGUUGGAGGAAGUUAAUACUAUGGAGGAAGACCCCUUGUAUUCUCAUUACCAACGCCUUCAGUGUGAAUUGUCACCAGUUGACGUUGUUUCUGAGGAAUUCUCCAUGGUUUCGAAGUACACAAAGAAUACACAUGCGAGAACACAUUCAAAUUAUACUGUUGAUAUUGUUCAAAUAUUUAGGGUAUCAAGAAAGGGAGAAGAUGAGCGUUUCAAGAAGUUUUCUAAUACAAAGAACAGGAAGCUCUUAUGGCAUGGUUCUCGGCUUACAAAUUGGACUGGCAUUCUGUCCCAAGGUUUACGCAUAGCUCCACCUGAAGCACCUGUUUCAGGAUAUAUGUUUGGGAAGGGGGUCUACUUUGCUGAUAUGUUCUCAAAAAGUGCAAACUAUUGUUAUGCAUCUAAGGACGCCGCAGCUGGAGUUCUGCUUUUAUGUGAGGUUGCACUCGGCGACAUGGUUGAACUUCUAGAUGCAGACUACAAUGCUGACAAGUUGCCUGAGGGCAAGCUGAGCACGAAAGGAGUUGGACGAACAGAACCAAACCGCUCCGAAGCUAUGACGCUUGACGAUGGUGUCAUCGUUCCCCUGGGAAAACCAAUCAAGAGUCAGCGUGGCAAGGGUGCCUUGUUGUAUAAUGAGUAUAUAGUAUACAAUGUGGAUCAAAUUAGGAUGCGCUAUCUUCUUCAAGUGAAUUUCCAUUUUAAACACUGACUGGCAUCAUAGUCAUUGCCCAUUUCUACCUUCAACUGCCCCACUCUUUGGUCAGUAUUACUAUCUUAUGGUAAUUAGGGGGAGAAAAAAAAAAAUUAAUCUUUGUAAUGUAAUAUUGUUAAAAGUAAAAAUUAAGCCUUUUUUUUCCCUCCUUUGUAGAAGUUAUUGGGAAUUGGUAAAUACUAGGUCAAAAAAGAAAAAGAAAAAGAAGUUUAGUUGAGUAACGAGCACUUUACAAUGCAAUUGUUACCAACUUACAUUUGUAUAUCUUGUUAUCUAUACAUUAUUUGAGCCAUCUCUCAACAA